GUGUGCAUAGUAGCGUGCUAUGGUUAAUUAUCUAUACUUUACUAUGCGAAGACUGAAUAAAAUGCAAUAUAUUUAGUCGUUUUAAAACUGGAUAAACUGGCACUCCAGUUAUUGUUUCCUCAGCGUCACGAGUUACUGCUCCCUUCUUCUGCAAUGUGAUUGAGUUCACUUCCAUAGCAACCCCUCUGUCGGUAAUUACACACUGAACGGUCUGGUGACGGCGGGUCAGAGGUGUUCAGGGUCAGGUAUAGAGCCCCCUGGCUGACGUUUCUGGGUGAAUUAUAACUAAGGACAACUGAAGUACAUAAAAGUGAAGAAUGUUGGGGAAGAUUACAACAGAUCUACCUUACCUUACCAUCGAUAAUUUCGAGGACUGUCUGUCUACUGAUGAUGUUCUGGUGCACUUCUUUAACGGCUUCCUCAGUCUACCUUCGUUCCCUGAGUGUGUACAGUACAACCAGGCGACUGGUGUGUUUGAGGUGGUCAGUGAUGCAGCGGAGGCUCUGUCUAGGAGGAUCAGGUCAGCCCUGCAGUACUUUAAAUCACAACCUCUCACUGACCCAACAGAGCUGACUGCUAGACCUGUGGUGGACAACCACUACACUGUUCUGUGCUUGGACAGAGAACAGGGAGUGGAGUGGAUCCUAAAAGAGAGACUACCCUUGUUUAUUGAAAGUGACUGCUACUUGGAGUACAGGUUAGCGAAGCUGCUCUCUCAGUGGGGCCCUCGGGGCUGGAACCAGAAGAGGGAUGAUACCUCAGUCCAGCCCCCUGUCACCACAGAGCCUGUCUGUCCUUCCCCUGGGAGCGAUGAGACCCUGAUGAAGGUCCUCUAUGUGUCACUGGGACAGGCCUCCGUAACAGACAUGUUGACAAUGGCUAAGGACAAGCAGCUGCCGGUCUGUCCCCGGUCUGUGAGAACCCCGGUGUGCUCCCUGGGCCGGGAGGGACAGAGGGGUCCGGCCUCAGCCUGCUUCUCCUGCAUCCCUGACUCAGAGUCCUACGCCCUGUCCUCCUCACUCCUCGUCUCCUUUCCUCUCUCCUCUUCGCUCCCGGACUGUCCUCUCUGCUCUUCACUUCUAGACUGGGACAAGAGGCGGGGAGACCACAGCGCAGAGCAGGAGACGAAAGUCUACCUCACAGAGGCAAAGACAGAGAUAGAGGCAGGAACUACAGAUGAGGAUCAUGGGGAACCCAAGCCCCAGAGUCCCGCCUGUUCUACCACUGUUGAGGAGAUGGUUGGUCCCCACACAGAGAGCCCCUGUGAAGGAGGUCCAGCCACCAGCCACAGCAGACUGAAGGAGCAGCAGGAGGAGGGUGGAGGGUCAGAGGAGGAGAAUGACCAUGAGUUCUAUGAUGUCACUGGGAGUAUCCAUGGUGACAGACAGGGCCUUGGUGACUUUAAGGACUUCUUAAAGGGAACACUAGGAGAGAAGCUUUUGCGUCUGUGGAUGGAUAUAGAGAGACUGAAGACCCUACAGGACGACAGGAGGAGAAUCAGGCAUUUGGUCCAGAUGCGUAGCUGCUACCUGCUGACCGGUGGCCAGAGCUGUCUGAGUGGUGAGCUGUUAACCAGACUGGGUCUCUCUACCUCCCCCUGCUGGAGAGAGGACAGACUGCAGAGAGUUCAGCCCCGCGUCACUGAGGCACUGCUCUGCUACUGGGGUCCCAGGUUCAUGAUGAGCCAGAGAGCAGUAGAUCCUCUCAGAUUGUCACUGGGGAGGAACAGACCGCUACACCCUCCCUCUGGGGUCAACCCUAACCCUCGUUACAUCAACCUCCACCCCCUCCGGCCUCACACCUCUAUCCCUCGACCGACCAUCCGCCCAGACACCUCUCUACCCAGAGACAGGACCCCCACACCAGUUCACACACAGACAGGUUAUGCCAGCAGCAGUCCUGUUGUAGAGGCCUGGAGGAUGGAGAGGAUGUUACAGGCUCUAUGUGUGGACUCACAGGCCGGGUUCUACUUCACACGCUACUGUGAACGCUCUGGAAACCCGCUGUGGGAGAAUGCCGUCCACUGCUGGUGUGAUCUGCAGCAGUACCACCAGCUCUUCUACCAAGAUGGACUGGAUCCCUACAGGGUACAGAGACAGGCUCAUUUGCUGUAUUCAACCUACGUGUGCAGUGCUGCCCGUAGUAGCAUUGAGGUGGAGGAGGAGAGCAGAGAGAGGGUGUACACCGGUCUCACUCCCCCGUUUGAGGAGCUGUUUGACUGGGUGGAGGAACACACUCUGACCCUCCUCCUGGAGGCCUGGACGCUGCUCACCACCAGGGACACAGACACCUUCCAGAAGGUGGCUGUACGGGAGGAGACUCGCCAGGUGGAGUCAGAGCCCUACGGAGAACUGAAGACGCUGUACGAGGAGGCUCUACACAGACUGGAACAGCAUGCUGUGGCCCAGGCCUGCAGGCCCCCUCCUCCACCACUAGAGGUCGCCAGGUCUCCAGCUAUGUGGUCUGCCGUCCCAGAGAGGUACAGAGGGUACAGGUUGGGCUCUCUGCUAGGACACCGCACGGAGCUACAACACUUCACAUCCUUCCUACAGGACAACACCGCCAGUAUACACCUGGCUUGCUGGCAGGACAUAGAGAAUUACAGGAGAAUCCCCCAUAAAGACAAGGCCCAGAGAGAGGACAAGUCCAGACUCAUUAAGGACAAAUACCUCAAUAGAAAAUACUUCUUUGGGCCUGACAGUCCUGCCACCAGACAACAACAGGAGGAGGUGAUGCGUCUGGCGGGUGGCUGGGGGAGACUGCUCCAUGACCGUCUGUGUGCUCCUGUCCUGGUGGACAUUCAGGGGAUCAUCAGGAACCACAUAGAAACAAAAUGGCUGCCUGUCUUCCUGGCGACGCCGGAGUUCAAUGAGAGACAGCAGCAGAGAGUCAGGCCUCGGGGUGAAGACGGGGUGUCCGACCAGGUCUACCAGCGACACAGGAACAAGAGAGAGGUGUGGAAGCAGGUCAAGGGGACGUGGAUGACCUCUGCAGGGGAGAUCCUGGCUCUCCGGAGGGCCCUGCUCAACCCCGUCACGUGUCAUCAGUUCGGGCGCUUCGUCUCGCUGAAGGGAGACUUCCUGGAGAAUGACAUCCUGUUCUGGUUGGAGGUCCAGAGGUACAAGGAUCUGUGUCAUUCCCACUGUGUGGAGGCUGUAGUCCAGGACAAGGUGUCCACCAUCAUCAGCUGUUUCAUCCAGUCCUCCGUCCCCCCAGCCCUGCAGAUAGACAUCCCCCCAGAGCAGGCAACACACAUCCUGGAGAGGAGGGGGGAGAUGGGGCCCUACGUCUUCAGAGAGGCUCAGAAUGGUCCACCACUCAAACGACAUCCAGCCAUCUUGACACGGUUUGAAGCAUUGGGCCAGCAUCGGGCCAGCAUCCGUGUGGAACGCUUUCGACACCUUGUAGAGUCCGUGCACCAACUGAACGCAAAUAUUAGGUGUUCCUAA